CAGCUUGUCAUUCAGUGGAAUCCGCCACCUGAAACGCGAGGAAGUAAAGUCGGGUAUAAAACCGUCAUCUGCUGGAGCUUUGCAAACUGAUGAAAGUUCUUCUCAUAGAAUAAUUUUACAUUAAUGCAAGUCCAUGCAAUAUAAAAUUGAUAGAAUAGUUCUUUGAAUGAUUGGCUACUUCUCAUAUUUGGGACCUGGCUAUCUUUCACACCUUCUCCCUGGCUUGAGCACGAGAUGAUCCCACCAGGAGACUGCUUGUAUGCAGGUCGGAAACGGAGGAAGCCCAUGCAGAAACACAGAAAGCCUACAGCUGUAAGCGAGAAGUCCAACCCAUCAAAACGGCAUCGAGACCGGCUGAAUGCAGAGCUAGAUCGUCUGGCCAGUCUACUCCCUUUCCCACCUGAGAUCAUCUCCAAACUGGAUAAGCUUUCCGUGCUGCGUCUUAGUGUCGGUUACCUUCGUGUCAAGAGCUUCUUCCAUGCCAGUCAAGAGAAGCAGUUGAUAAAGCACCUCAGCCCUCCAUCCACUAAUGACAUCAGGGGGGAAACUUUGUCACCAGUGCCUUGUAUCUCUGAGAGUGAGCUGCUGCUGGAGUCCCUAACAGGCUUUGCUCUUGUUGUGAGCAGUGAUGGAAUGGUCUUCUAUGCUUCCUCAAGUAUAGUGGACUGUCUGGGCUUCCAUCAAACUGAUGUAAUACACCAGAACUUCUUUGACUACAUUCACAUAGAUGAUAGGCAGGGGUUCAGGCAACAGCUCCACUGGUCCAUGAAUCCCCCAGUGACCUCUGAUCAGGAUCUGGCCACAGGAAAUGGUGAGGAUUUUGUGCUGAGCAGCUUAUUCCACUCCCAGAAUGCAGCUGGUGUUCCUCCAGAGUUUUUUUCCUUCCUUAACCGGUGUUUCAUCUCAAGAGUACGCUGUCUGCUGGACAGCACGUCAGGAUUUCUUACUAUUCAAUUCCAGGGUCAUCUAAAGUUCUUGUACGGACAGAAGAAGAAAACAGCAUCUGGCACUUCCUUACCUCCACAGUUGGCUCUGUUCUGUGUGGCCAUGCCUCUGCUCUUGUCCUCCAUCAAUGAGACAAAGAUGAAAAACACAAUAAUAAGGAGCAAGCACAAAACCACAGGCACUAACAUGAUCAUAGAUCAUAGUGACAGAGAAGAGCAUUCAAGAAGGCACUCGGUGAUGAACAAAGGCAGAGACGCACUCCUUCUGAAUUCUUCCACACCGGUCACCACCUUACUCCACCAUCCACCCUGGGCACCAUUUUCCAAAGAAAAUGUCAAAUUCAAGAACGAGGACUACUGUAGUAAGGACGAGCUUCUCAACAUCUGUAAGGACUCUUUAGGUGGCCAAAAAGCCCCUGACUUGGACACAGCAUGGCCUCCCAGAGGCUCUUAUGGUCCCUUUUGCACUGGUCAUGGAGUCAACUUGUUACUUGGUGGUAGAGUAAGCAAACCGGGUCACAAUGGGAAGCCUUACAAAAUAUCCCCAGUGUAUUACAACAACACAACAGAGCUUCAUAUUCCAAAGAUCUAUGGGAGUCUUCCACCUCAAGACAUGGGGGAAGGUAAUUAUGUUGCCAGCAACAAAAGUGAAAAUGCCUGUUAUGAGGGCCAAAGACAAGUCUAUGAUGCACAUCUGAUAGCUGAGUUACCAAUCAAGGUAGAGCAAGACUCUGAUACUGAAAACGAAUGUGACUUUUAUGACCAGCCUUGGGCAGACCGAGACCAUAAUCUCAGCUCUUAUGAUGGCCUACAAAUGAAAGCAGAAGAUAGUUACUAUGAACAGUACAUGCCUUGCCAAAAAAGCACAGGGAGUAACGGGCACCUGUACAGCAACCAGUACCCAAAUGCCUGUGCAGCAACUGCACAAUCUCUAAAGUGUGGCCUUGAUAAAGAUCCAGAAUAUCUCCGCCCCCAAAGGCUGGGACACCUACACCCACUCUGCAGUAGUCAGAGUGCUAACUGUAUGGACAGCUACAACGCUGGGAGUAUGGAACACAAGGGCUUCAUACAUCAGGAUUACAAACUUGGCUAUCAAUUCAAAGGACAAGGACUGCUUCAUUCCAUCAAGCGUGAGCCUGUGGAUUCCCCACCCUGGCAUGAAAGUGAAUAUGAACAGACAGGUGGGCAAUGGAAUACGAUGCCAAAUUGCUUAAUGAAUCUAGCGCAGCCCAAAGCUAAUCCGUAUAUCUUUAUGCAAUAACGUAACUUGACAGUCUGCCAUGUGACGGCUACGUCUGUUAUUAUUCAUGAACCAAAGAUUAAAGAUGCCUCACCAAACUUUAAGCAAACAUUUGUGGGUAUAAAAAGGUGAACUUUUUCCAAGAUCAUAACAAACAAGACACUUAUAGUUACAGGUUCCUUACAGGUUCAGGAUAUGGGGCAGGAUGACUUUGUAUUAAAUAAAAGUUUGUAUUAAAUUUGCAUUUUAAUCAAA